AGCUUAAGCUCGAGUCUCGCGCCUUCCUCUUCCUCCAACGUUGUUCUCUUGCCAGCAUUGCGGCUUGCACCGGUCAGACAUCGGCCCACAAGCCUCUGUAGCUAGGCCGAGAGCGCUGGAGUGACGCGAGCGCUGGAACGUCCAUACCGACCUAUACCUCGAAUCCGAUGGACAAGAUGCAGAUGCAGAUGCUCACCAAGUUCGAGUCCAAGUCGAACAGGGUCAAGGGCAUUGCCUUUCACCCUCGUCUUCCUCUGCUAGCAUCGUCCCUACACAAUGGUAGCAUUCAGCUAUGGAACUACCAAAUGGGAACGAUCUACGACCGCCUCGAGGAGCAUGAGGGCCCGGUUCGUGGUGUCGACUUCCAUCCCACACAACCCCUGCUCGUGAGCGGUGGUGAUGACUACAGGAUCAAAGUCUGGAAUCACAAGACUAGACGAUGCCUCUUCACCCUCAACGGCCACCUCGACUACGUCCGCACAGUCUUCUUCCACCACACGCACCCGUGGAUCCUCUCGGCCUCGGAUGAUCAGACAAUUCGCGUCUGGAAUUGGCAGAGCAGGUCUUGCAUCGCCAUCCUGACGGGUCACAACCACUACAUCAUGUGCGCCCAAUUCCACCCGCGAGAGGAUCUUAUCGUCAGUGCCUCCAUGGAUCAAACGGUGCGCGUAUGGGACAUCUCAGGGCUGCGCAAGAAGAAUACGUCGGCGCAGCCCAUGAGCAUCGAGGAGCAGAUUGCAAGGGCGAAUAGCGGACAGGCGGACUUGUUUGGCAACACGGAUGCCAUGGUCAAAUACGUUCUGGAAGGACAUGAAAGGGGUGUCAACUGGGCUGCCUUCCACCCGACAUUGCCUCUGAUCGUCUCUGCCGGUGACGACCGUCAGGUCAAGCUCUGGAGAAUGUCGGAGACGAAAGCAUGGGAAGUCGACACCUGCCGUGGUCAUUUCAAUAAUGUCUCGUCUGCCCUCUUCCAUCCUCGGCACGAGCUUAUUGUGUCAGACGGUGAGGACAAGACGAUCAGAGUUUGGGACAUGGGCAAGCGCACGGCAGUUCAGACCUUCCGGAGGGAGCACGAUCGUUUCUGGGUCUUGACUGCGCACCCGAACCUGAAUCUGUUCGCCGCCGGUCACGACAAUGGCCUCAUUGUCUUCAAAUUGGAACGAGAGAGACCAGCCUUUUCCAUCCACCAAAAUUCGCUCUACUACGUUCGCGACAAGCAAGUGCGCCACCUCGACUAUCAGACGGGUCAGGAUUCGGCCUUGCUCAGCGUCAAGCGUCUUGGUAGCCAAUUUACUCAGCCGCGGACGCUCAGCUUCAACCCGGCAGAACGCUCUGUCGUUGUCACUUCAUCGACUGGCGAACAGGGCGUCUACGACCUCGCGCCGCUUCCCCGCGAAGGUAGCAAAGGAGACCUGGGUGAAUCGGGCAGCGUUGGCAAGCGUGGUCAGGGAACGGCAGCCAUCUUUGUCGCCCGCAACCGACUCGCUGUGCUCCAGAAGGCAUCGCAGACGAUCGAGGUUCGAGAUCUCAGCAACAAUGUCACCAAGACGAUCACCUGUCCUCAACCUACCAACGAGAUCUUCUACGGAGGUACGGGUAGCCUUCUCCUGAGCACUGCGACCGGCGUCCUCCUCUACGACAUCCAGCAGCAAAAGGUCCUCGGCGAGGUCCCUAGUCCGCCAGUCAAGUAUGUCGUAUGGAGUGCCGAUGGAUCACUGGUCGCUCUCCUCUCAAAACAUACGAUCACCCUGAGCAACAAGAGCCUGAGCACCAACAAUCUCGUUCAUGAAACCAUUCGCAUCAAAAGUGCUGCGUGGGACGACGCGGGCGUCCUGAUCUACAGCACCCUGAACCAUAUCAAAUACGCUCUUCCUCAGGGCGACAGCGGCAUCAUCAAGACGCUCGAGGCACCCGUUUACCUCACGCGGAUCAAAGGCAAGCAGGUCUAUAUCCUCGAUCGGUCGGGACGUCCGCAGACGAUUCCGAUUGACCCGACGGAGUACCGCUUCAAGCUGGCUCUCGUCCGUGGUGAUUAUGACGAGGUCUUGCGGAUUAUCAAAACGAGCAACCUCGUUGGACAAGCAAUCAUUGCGUAUCUGCAAAAGAAGGGCUAUCCAGAGAUUGCUCUCCAUUUUGUUCAAGACAAGAGCACGCGAUUUGACUUGGCCAUCGAAUGCGGCAAUCUCGACGUCGCCCUCGAGACGGCUGAGGCCAUUGGCGUCCCCGAGGUCUGGAAUCGAUUGGGAGAGGCGGCACUCAAGCAGGGUAACCACAAGAUCGUCGAACGAGCAUACCAAAAGACAAAGAGCCUAGAGCGGCUCUCCUUCCUCUACCUCAUCACUGGCAACAAGGAGAAGCUCGCCAAGAUGGCGAUCAUUGCUGAGAAGCGUGGCGACCCCAUGAGUCGAUACCAGAAUGCUUUGCUGCUGGGUGAUGUCACCCAGAGAAUCGCGGUCCUUCGGGAAGCCGGGCUUGACGCGCUGGCAUACGCUACAGCAAAGGGCAAUGGUCUACUGGACGAAGCUGCGCAGAUUGCCGAGGAAGCGGGAAUGUCGGCAGGACUGACAGAAUUGGAGCUUGGCGGCAAGCUCGGGUCUACGAGCAGCCAGAAUGGUCUCGGGAGGGCGCCGCUAAUGCCACCACCAGUUGUCUCGCAGACUUUUGAGCACAAUUGGCCGAUUGUGGGAGCACAAGAGAGCUUCUUUGACAAGGCCCUCAUGGCGCAGGAAGAGGACGGAAUUAUCUUCAAGGACAACGCUGUCAAUGGGACGGGCAAGGCUCACGACGACACCAAUGAUUGGCUCGACGGUGAUGAUUUCGAGGAUGCAGAAGAUGGCGACGGGCUGGGCGUCGACCCCUUGGUGCCAACAGCAGUGGGGGCCACUGGUGUGGCUGCCGAUGAAGCGUGGGAUCUCUCAGACGGCGAGAUUGGGUUCGAAGACGGCGAUGACAAUGUGGUCGAGCCUCUGCCCGCAACACACCCAGACGAAGGCUCACUGGAGCCCGGUGUGGCCGAAGCCGAACACUGGUUGCGCAAUUCGCCCAUUGCCGCCGAUCAUGCUGCAGCAGGGAGCUUCGGGACGGCGAUGCAGCUCCUCACGAGGCAAGCAGGUGUCGUCGAUUUUGAGCCCCUUAAAGCCCACUUUAUUCAGAGCUUUGCCGCUUCACGCGCCUAUCUGCCUGGCGAGGCUUCGUUGCCCAGCAUCGAAGUCGCUCUCAGACGCAACACCGACGAGACAGAGCGUGCGAGCGCCCUGCCUGCCCGAGCGCGGACUGUGCAGGACAUUGGCGCUGGAGAGCUGCAAGAAGCGUAUCGGGCAGUCAACAGCAACAAGCUCGAAGAAGCCGAGGUCAUCUUCCGAAACGUGCUUCUUCAGCUCGUCCUCACCGCCGGUGCCAACGAAGCCGAGGGAAACGAGAUCCUCGACCUCAUUGUCCUUUGCCGAGAAUACCUGAUCGGCAUCGCCGUCAUCCUGCACCAGCGUCGACUCAUCGUUGAGGAGCCCGAUAACAAGGCUCGACAGCUGGAGCUUGCCGCCCUCUUCACUCAUGCCGAGAUGCAGCCUCCACACAAGCAGCUGGCCUUGCGAACGGCGAUGAAUGCGGCCCAAAAGGCAGGGAACAACAAGAUGGCAGGUACAUUUGCCAAGCGCUUGCUGGACCUUCAACCCUCGGCCCGCGUGGCUCAGUUGGCCCAGCAGAUUAUGGCCGCCGCCGAUCGGAACCCCAGGGACGCUGUGCCAGUGCCCGAUUACGACCCUCACGAACGAACUUUUGUCAUCUGCGCAGGCUCUCACGUCCUCAUUCCCGCUGGAGGCGCCGGAGCUGUCGAGGAUCCUCUGACAGGUGCAAAGUACCUGCCCGAAUUCAAGGGCACAAAAUGUGCCAUUACAGGUAUCACAGAGGUCGGCAAGAUUGCAAGCGGCCUUCGGACAUGGGUUUAGAGGCGGUCGUCUUGCGCACACACUCAAAACUGGCUCUUCCUCUUUUCCCCUAUCUUUAUCUACCCGUCUAAAUGAAAUGUCUUGAUGAAACUGGAGCUUGUGUUGAGUA